AGCUGGAGAAACCCCAGAAAAGCAACCAGGGAAACUGCAUUGAGAAGUUUUUCAAUAGGUGCUCAGUUUUGUUACGUCUUUAGAAGACAGACAAGGUUUAAGAGGCCACAAAUUGCAGCAGGGGAGGCUCAGAUGGGAUAUGAGAAGAAAAUUCUUCACUGAAGGUAUGGUUAGGCAUUGAAAGGACUGUCUUACUGAGUCACACUGAAGAUCCUCCUGAAGGUGAAGGCCUGCCCAUAAGGAAGGCACUGCCAUCUGGACUGGAGCGCUCAGCGGCGACUCAGCAGUCUUUUCUUUGGAAAUCCAAAGCCUGCAGACCUUCUCCAGCAUGAGCAAGGAGGAUAAGAAAUGCUCUACAACUGUCCUAAAUGAUACCUUGUUGGCCAAGUGUGGCACGUCUGCCAGUAGAUGGCUGAACUUGGAGAAUGGCUCCCUGGUGCUGAGGAGCGUGGAGAAAGACGAUGAAGGAAAAUACGGAUUUGUUUUUCAGAACACCGCCAAAAAUUUUACACUGGAAGUGUUUGAGCCGACCAUUGGCAUCCAGUGCUUCCCUGAUGGAACUGCAGAGCUGUCCUGCAACGUGGCCAGCAACGAGAUCCUGGUCUUUAGGUGGCUGCUGAAUGGCACCCACCUGAAAGCCGAGGGGGCUUGCAUUAAGGAUGCUGGGAAGAAGGUUCACCUGGGCACAACGGAGCCUGGGGAGUUUGUGUGUGAAAUUCUGAAGGGGAACAGUGUCACGAGGACCAGGCCCAUUACACUGUCGUGCAGCUAUGACCUGCUGCUGUACCCGGGCUUCAUUUACAUCCUGGCAGGGUGUGCAGCGGGUGUGCUUAUCCUGGUGGUGGCUUUGCCUGCAGCCAUAUGUUGCUGCAUGAAGAGGAGACACAAGUUCAUCCCAGUGCCUUCAGAGGAGGAGAAGGAUGACGGGUUAACCAUGUCCGUGGUGUCCGGGGAGGGCACGAAGAGCCCCCCCAGUGGAGACCGUGUCGAGGCUCAGGCUGCCCAGACCGACCCUCCCGCCAAGCCUGAUGCUGCCCAGAUUGGUCAAGGUGUUGAGCUGGCAGAAGAGAACUUACCAGUGCAGGUAGAAGCUGAGGAGAUGGCAGAUGCUGAGGUCCUAGUCGACAUGGAAAGCCAGGAAGAUGCCUCAGACUGUUUCCCGGAUCCCACCGAUGACUGAUGUGACACGCUUGCUCUUCCACCCUGAAGCCUGUGACACUUGUCCUUUGCAUCCCAUAGUCUCACUGUGUCUGGAAAAUUUUAGCAGGGGAAAGAAGUGAGGUGUCAGACCUUCUGACCUCAUUUAAUAAGAAAAUACAGAGAAAAGCACACACUGCCGUGGCCUGACAGGUUCACCACCAAGCAAAAGGGGCAGCUCUCUGAUGCUUUGCCUGAUAACAGAGCUGUAGCUAAACUGAGGAGCCCAGGGGACAGCCUGGGCUGAGAGGGCUCCUCCUGCUCCCUGCCCACCCCAUCCCUUGCCCUGUCUUUGCCAGCCAGGGGCAGGCACUGCAGGCAGGUUGAGGUGGCCUGCCAGUCCCAGGCAGAAGCCAAGGACUUGCCAGAAAUUUCCUGAGAAAGCUUCUUCUCGGGAGACUUCAUGGCAGUUUUUUUCCCAGGCCCUGCCAAGGAAACUCAAAGGGGGUCUCAGCUUGGUAUCUGCUCUCCUGGGUGCUCAUCUGAGCUGCUCCUCUGAGCUCCAGAUUUGGCUGUCCCCUCUUGCUGCCUGGAGCAGGAGCAGUUGGGGCUUGAAAUUUGGCUUGCAGAUGCUGUGUGCAGACCCGGGGUGGUGCUGGCUUUGCUCACCUCUUGGUUACCCAAAUGGCAGAGGGUACAGGUUACCUUUCACCAGAACCUGACUGCUUGGGCUGCCCCCAAGCACUGUCACUCGCUUGCUUGCCUUGCAGCAGGAGGGGGCCUGGGGCUUGGGGCUGCAAUUUUUGGCACAAACCUCGAUUUUAAGGCUGAGAUUGUUUAUCAAUGCAAGCAUUAGUGCCUUUAGUGUAAUAGUUUAGCUACUGCAAGCUGAUGAAGCUGGCCAUCUGCCUGUGCAUGUAGGCUUAUUCGAGGCUGUGUUAUUUGCACAGACAGCAGCAAUUUAUAGAAUCUCUUAGGUAAGCCUUGCUGUUACGCAUGUCCUGUUCUGCUCAGGGGAGCUGUGCCUGUGGAGCAGCUGCGCUAGACCUGCAGGGAAGAAGGACGUGGUGAGGAGAGGGCAGGGAUUCUGUCUCAGGCAGCAGGCAGCUGAGUCCCAGCAAAGCUGCCAGGAGCUGCAGGGAAUGCUGCAGUAUGUGCUGCCAGAGCAAGGAAUUUACUGUACGAGACAAUUUUAGUAGUCCGAGUGAGGUGGUAGAUUGGUUGUUAGUGUUAAAUUAGGCUGCUGGGCUAGAAAGGCAUGGUAGUAAAAGCAGAGAUGGUACAGGACCAAAAGGGAUGGGGAGGUGUGUUCUUUCUUCCCUUGUCAUUUUGUCCCUGGUUUAUAUUGUACUUGGGAAUGGAUUGAAGGUAUGCCUGGUGAAAGCCGUCCAACGAGGGCUGUGAGCAGCCCAGCAGCAUCCAAACUGAACUGAGGGCUUCUCUCCCAGGGGAGGGAGCUGCGGGAUGGCUGCAUGCUUACCUGGGAGCCCUUCAUCUCUGUGUGCUUGCCAAGGCUCUGCAGCAGUGACACCCAGCCAUAGGUGAUUGUUCCUGUUGUUUCCUUGUCCUGUGACUCUCUUUAGGAGAUGUUUGGGUCGUGUGUGCUGUGCUGGUGGUGAUUCAGCCUGUCUCUGCUUUCAAAGGCUGCCAUAGGAAUCAGGUUUUCCACGGUAAGAGGGAGGUGAUAAUUCUUUUCCUUACGGUGCUGUUCUCUUUUCAGUAUAAACAUUCCUCAAAGGCUGUGAGUUGAAUGAAAAAAAAAAUAAAUUGAGUGCUUGGGGUGGCAGGGCAGAAGCAGCAAUGCUGGGUGACUGUCACCGGGCCAGUGUCACCAAAACAGGAGGACACAGUCAGCAUUGCUUCACUGCUGCACUUUCUGGCAGGGGCAGGAGGGGACAGUCGAGUCCAGCACAUGCUUGAGAGGCUGAUCAGUGCUCUGAGCUGCACUGGAGAAGGCAACAGUGCUGGGUGAGAGAGCUGGGCCAGCCUUGUCCUGCUGGGCUGGGGCAUCCCAGCUCCAGCUCAUCCUAGGGCUGCCUUCCUGCUGGCAGCCCUGGGGGUGCCCAGCAGCUGGAAACAUCACCAUUAUUAUGAUCCCAGUCCUGGAAGGAUUUUUCCCAUAGAAAUGCAAGAGGUGUUUGUGAGACAGACUGAACCAUGGCUGGUUUUCUGUCCUUUUCCACUGAAAGUGCCAUUCAGCACGGGGCAAAAGGUUCUGUUACUGUGAGGUCAGGAGAGAAGUGAUGCAGCCUCUGCUCUUUCUUUAACUGUAUGUGUUCAUGCCCAGCUAUUGUUCUCUUUCUGGUGUGUUUUUCUU